UGCUCUUCAUUUAAUCUUCGCGCUUAUUGAGAUUAAAAAGAAAUGUUCAGAAAUCCAGAAAUUAGUUGUUAAUCAAUUGGAAAAAUGUGUCGAUUAUUGUGUGUUUCUUUGUUUCUGUUGCAUUUUUUAUUUGCGAGUCAAUUUGAGAAUUCAGCAGCAGCCGCAUUUUCUGCACGCCAGAACCGCAACGAUUUCGAAGGUGAUCAGCAGACGUCUGAAUCGGUGUCUCCUGCUCCAACUGGAACUACAACAGCAAGUACAGCCACCAGCGGACUGCUGAAAAAAUGUCUUCCAUGUACCGGUGUGAAAUGCGUGCCGCAAAUCCAAUGUCCAGCCCAUGUCCGCAUGGAAAGCCAUGAGAAGCCGCAAAUUUGCGAUCUUCCAGCCGGCAAGUUCGGCUACUGCUGCCAGACAGGACAGAACCACACCGUUCCGCGCUCGGUCAGCAGGGAGCGUCGCACUGAUUUUCCCAGCUUUCUGUCGCCCGACGUAUUGGACGAGGCGCGGCGCAACUUCGAGCAUCUUAUGCAUGGUGUGGCCCAGAUACCCGUUCGUCGGGGUCUGCCCGACUUCAGUCACGGCAUUGUCUUCCACUCCACGGCCAAGGAAGAUUUGCAUAACUUUGCGCUGUCCAACAACGCCCUCGAGCAGGUCUUCACCACACAGCUGUUCAGCAAGAAAGAGCAGGUGCCUGUGGACGAUAUCAUCACCAACAACGUGCCGGUUAAGUUCACAAAGACACCGCUGGCCCAGCACUGCCAGGCACCGGUAAUCUGCAGGAACAUCCGAUCCGUGUAUCGCAGCCACGACGGCACAUGCAACAAUCCAUUGCCAGCGCGGUCGCAUUGGGGCGCUGCCGGCCAGCCCUUAGAGCGUAUGCUGCCGCCGGCCUACGAGGAUGGCAUCUGGAAUCCUCGCGUCCACUCGACUGAUGGCACUCCACUGUUGGGAGCCCGCAAGAUCUCACGCAUCCUUCUGGCCGAUAUCGAUCGUCCCCAUCCCAAGUACAAUCUUCUGGUGAUGCAGUUUGGACAAGUUCUGGCGCACGAUGUCUCGCAGACCUCCACGGUGCGUCUCGAGGAUGGGGAUCUGGUGCAGUGUUGUUCUCCUGGCGGCAAAGUGGCAUUGAAUCCGCAGCAGAGCCACUUUGCCUGCAUGCCGAUCUCUGUGGAUCCGGAUGAUGAGUUCUACAGUGCCUUCGGUGUGCGUUGCCUGAACUUAGUGAGGCUCUCCCUUGUUCCCAAUCCCGACUGCCAGCUCGGCUAUGGCAAACAAAUGAGCAAGGUGACGCACUUCCUGGACGCCUCGCCAGUAUACGGCUCCAGCCAGGAGGCCGCCCGUGAACUGAGAUCAUUCAGAGGCGGUCGCUUGCGCAUGCUGAACGAUUUCGGGCGGGACCUGCUGCCGCUGACUAGCGACAAGAAGUCCUGUCCCAGUGAGGAGGCCGGCAAGUCAUGCUUUAAAUCGGGCGAUGGACGCACCAAUCAGAUCAUAUCGCUGAUAACCCUCCAAAUACUCUUCGCUCGCGAGCACAAUCGUGUGGCCGACAUACUGUCGCAGAUCAAUCCAUCGGCCAGCGAUGAGCGAAUCUUCCAGGAGGCGCGGCGCAUUGUCAUUGCCGAAGUGCAGCACAUCACCUACAACGAGUUCCUGCCGAUUAUUAUUGGGCCGCAGCAGAUGAAGCGAUUUCGAUUGGUGCCCCAGCAUCAGGGCUAUGCGCACGACUACAGUCCGGACAUAAAUCCGGCCAUAACAAAUGAAUUUUCCGGUGCCGCAUAUCGCAUGGGGCAUUCUAGUGUCGAUGGAAAGUUUCACAUACGGGGGGAGCAUGGCCAUAUCGAUGAGGUGAUCAACAUACCGGAUGUCAUGUUCAAUCCGUCGCGGAUGCGCAAGCGCGAGUUCUAUGACGAUAUGCUGCGCACGCUCUACAGCCAGCCCAUGCAGCAGAUUGAUAGCUCAAUUACCCAGGGACUCAGUCGUUUCCUGUUCCGCGGUGAUAAUCCCUUUGGCUUGGAUCUGGCUGCCAUAAACAUACAGCGUGGACGGGACCAGGGCUUGCGCACCUACAACGACUAUCUGGAGCUAAUGGGCGCCCGCAAGCUAAAGACUUUCGAUCAGUUUCCCAGCGAGAUUGGCCAGAAACUGGCACGCGUCUAUAGGACACCCGAUGACAUUGAUUUGUGGGUUGGCGGCCUACUGGAGAAGGCCGUUGAUGGCGGUGUUGUGGGCGUUACCUUUGCCGAGAUCAUUGCCGAUCAGUUUGCGCGCUUCAAGCACGGUGAUCGCUACUUCUACGAGUAUGAUGCUGCCAUCAAUCCCGGUGCCUUUUCACCAAACCAGCUGCAGGAGAUACGAAAGGCAACAAUGGCUCGCCUCAUAUGCGACAAUGCCGAUCGCCUAACGCUGCAGGCAGUGCCCCUGGCAGCCUUUGUCCGUGCUGAUCAUCCAGGCAACCAAAUGAUUGGCUGCGAUGAUCCCAAUCUGCCUGACAUGAACCUGAAUGCCUGGCGCCUUUGAGUUUACUUUUUAAUUACUCAUUUUCAUAUUUAUUUUAUCAAAUGUUUUUUAAAAUGGCUAAAUUAUGUAACACUAAAGCGAAAUUAAAGUCCAA